ACUUCCUGUACACGUGGCAAAAACCCAAGAUAACAACGUCGCAUGCAGAAACUUCCAGACCCGCCACUGCAAAUUCCUUUCUAGCACUUUCCAGUAUCUGCAGUCUAAACUCGGACAAUAUCCACUUUCUAGUAUCUACUUUCACUUGCUUUAUAUAAAACCUGAGCUCUUUACCAAACUCUUAAUCAAACAGAAAAAAAAAGAAAAAUUGGGACAGGACAAGAAGUGAAGUUAAAAAUGAAACCAAUCGACGGAAAAAAUGAAGACAAGAAAGCCCCCGUGGUGAUCCGAGCUGUUAACCGCGACGAAGAGGGUCGAAAGAAAAUUGAAAGGACAGAAGUGCCAUCUCGAAACAUAGACACCAUCAAGUACGUAGAGCGGAAGUUGGAGGACAAAGGGGUGCAACGGAUGGAGCGACACCCGGCUAAUGGGAUUGGGAUUGGCCGACCGCCUCCGAAGUCCGGUCAUGGAGGGAAGUACACUUGGGAAGGACCUAAUGACUUGGCGGGGAACGAGCUGAUGCCGGUGCCUCCCGCUGUUGAUAAGAAGGAUCCUAACUACGUGGAUGAGGAGGAAGAAGAGAGGAUUUUGAGCGGUGAAAACAGCGACGUUGCUGGGUUUGUGGUUGGUGAAUUGGAGGUGGCUAAGGCUGCUGAAGAUCGAGAAGGGGUGGCUAGAGUUGAGGUUGAUUCUCGCUUGAAGGCUAACUAAUUGAUAUGAUGCUUUUUUAUAUGAACCUGUUUGUCGUUUGAUUGCUAGCUUUUUCUUUGGCUCUUUCUUCUUUGGGAACAAGAAUGUGUACGACUAGUGAACAUGAUGCUAGGAAGCAACUCUUACGAGUUCCCUGGAUUGUAACAAAGAAUAAUAUACAAGUAAAUUUAACUUAACCCUUGUGUUAAUUUGAAGCCCUUCUUAUUGCGGAACUAUUAAAAGUGUUUAUAACAAUUUUACUACGAAUAUAAUACGAAAUUGAUACUGAAAAUGAAAUUAUU